UCUAGGUUAUUAUAUUGCUUUAAGAGGAGGAAGUGUUCCCUGAUAAGGCUGGGAAAAAACAAUGUUUUGAUGACGGGUCUUGUUAAUAGAUUUUGUAAUUUCAGCCGGGGUUGCAACAACAAUUCAGAGACCACCUGUAAUCUUCAGCUCAUGCCGCACUUGAACAGAUAGUGGCUGCACCUGUUCAUGGUCGCUCUCCAGAUUCACGCUACAAGUAACUACUAGAACAACUACACAAUGGCGUCCAACUGCACAGAGAUAAAUACCGUGCUGGAGCACUACUACCUUUCACCAUUUUACGGAAUUGAGUUCUGCAUUGGUUUCCCCGGCAACUUGUUGGUCGUACUCGGUUACAUAUUUUGUUUGACAGAGUGGCAGAGCUGCAAUAUUUACCUCUUCAACCUGGCAAUGUCUGACCUUAUUUUUCUCUGCACUCUGCCACGCCUUUCCUACCUCUAUGCACACGACAAAUCGGAAAUCAGUCCCUAUUGGUGCAUUAUCAACCGCUACAUCCUGCACGUCAAUCUUUACUCCACCAUUCUCUUCAUGGUGUGGCUCAGCAUGGACCGCUUCCUGCUCAUAAAACACCCAAUGAGGAAUCAUGUUCUGCUGAGGUCACGUACAGCCAUGAUCAUAUCAGGGCUCAGUUGGCUAGUGGUAAACGUGGAAAUUGCGCCAAUGAUAGCACUGAUGGUGGACGAUAUCCACGGAGACAAUUCAAGUCACUGCAAGGAUUUUGCCAGCCUAGAAGGAAAUUUCAACACGUUCGGCUACAGCAUGGGGCUAACUGUGACUGGUUACAUUGUCCCUAUGAUUGGACUUUGUGUUUUUUCCCACCAAAUUGCAGAUCUGCUCCACGCCCAGGAAAAGGCUUUACAGCGCAAGACAAUCUCGUACAAGCGCCCUCUUAAGGUUGUUGCAUCAGCCGCGAUAAUUUUUCUGGUUCUUUACACUCCCUACCAUUUGCUGAGAAAUAUCAGAAUUGCAUCUCAACAAUCCUGGGCAGUGAUGUCAGAGUGUACCAAGAUAUACAUAGAGGGCGCUUACAUUGUGACCCGACCGCUUGCCUUCUUGCACAGUGUCAUUAACCCCAUCUUCUACUUCCUCAUGGGUGACAAGUUCAGGGAGCUCUUACUUAAUGGCCUCAGAAAGCUCUUCAGAAUAAAAGAUCCGCCAAGUGAACCAGCCUAACAUCACAACAAGUUACACCCUCAAUACAAUACAUCUGCAAAGGUGAAUAAGCUUCAUCUUUACAUAAAUAUGUUUUUCUUUAUUUUGAGCUUUUAAUUUUGAGCUACGUCUAAUGUGUAUCUUAUUUAUGUGUCGCCUUUCUCCUCAGCAGAACAUGUUACUUAUACUAAUGAUAUUCAGGUUAUCUUUUGUUAUAGGUACCAUAGCAUUUUAUUUUUAGCAGAAGCACCCAUUGUCUGUAUUGUAUGUGAACCUGAGCUGUUAAUAAUAAUAUAUAUAUAUAUAUUUUUUUUUUUUGAAAAGAAAAUGGACAGGAUAAUUAUAAUGGUAACGAAUAUAUUGGUGAUGUCCGUGAAUUGUAAAUAUUGUAUGGAAUUGUUUUUCUAUGUAAUAAAGUAUAACUAAACUAAUAAUUAAUUACUGGCUGUUCUAAAUAUCACUAUCAAAAGGAUUUGUGGAUGUGUUUCAUAAUGUUUACUUUUAUGUCACUGCGUGUCUGAAUAUCUAGACUGAACUCUAGUGCAAUGUUCAGCUUUGACUGUGAGGACAUUGAAAGAUUUCUAAAAUUAAAA